AUGGCCACUCCCUACAACCCCGGCGAGUCUUCGGGGCCUCCACGCAGGCCAGACAUCAAGCGGAAGCUCGUAGUCGUCGGUGACGGUGGCUGCGGGAAGACAUGUCUUCUCAUCGUGUACGCGGAGAAUCGUUUUCCAGAAGCGUACAUCCCCACCGUGUUCGAGAACUACGUCACGCUCGUCAACUUUGAUGGCAAGCUCGUCGAGCUCGCGCUCUGGGACACCGCCGGGCAGGAGGAGUACGACCGCCUGCGGCCACUCAGCUAUCCGGAGAGCAACGUGAUCCUCAUCGUCUUCUCCGUCGACUACCCCGUCAGCCUCGGGAACGUCCAGGACAAGUGGUUCCCCGAGGUCGCGCACUUCUGCGAAGACGUCCCGCGGAUCCUCGUCGCGACCAAGACCGACCUCCGACGCGACGAGCAGACGCGGCGGAUGCUGAGCGCGCAGGGCCAGCUGCCGGAGAUCGGGGCGCGCUACGUCGAGUGCUCGGCCAAGACGGGGGACAACGUCAAGGAGGUGUUCAACCUCGCGCUCAAGGAGAGCAUGAAGGGCAAGUGGGGGAAGAUGGUCAAGAAGCCACGGUGCGUCAUCACAUGA